GCGGCCGGAGCCGGGCUGGACCGUCGCCCGCCUGCGAGCCCGCAGCCUCCGCGCCCUCCGCCUCACGGGCUGGCCGGCGGCUAGCGGCGUCUGAGGAAGUGUUUAAAAUGAAGAAGUUUAAUUUCCGAAAAGUUUUGGACGGUUUAACUGCCUCUUCCCCUGGCAGUGGCAGCGGCAGUGGCGGUAACAGCGGUGGGGCUGGAAGUGGCUCGGCGCAUCCCGGAGGGACUGCAGGGGUUCUCAGAGAGGAGAUCCAGGAGAGCCUGACUUCAGACUAUUUCCAGAUUUGCAAGACAGUUCGGCAUGGUUUUCCUUAUCAGCCUACAGCACUGGCCUUUGAUCCAGUCCAGAAAAUCUUGGCUAUUGGAACGAGAACAGGUGCUAUACGAAUACUUGGGAGGCCUGGUGUUGACUGUCACUGCCAGCAUGAGAGUGGUGCGGCUGUCUUGCAGCUCCAGUUCCUGAUCAAUGAGGGCGCUUUGGUUAGUGCGAGUUCAGAUGACACACUUCAUUUGUGGAAUCUGAGACAGAAAAGGCCAGCCAUUCUUCAUUCUCUUAAGUUUAACAGAGAACGAAUUACUUACUGUCAUCUACCUUUCCAGAGUAAAUGGCUCUAUGUUGGAACAGAAAGAGGAAAUACACAUAUUGUAAAUAUUGAAUCUUUCAUUCUUUCUGGAUAUGUCAUCAUGUGGAACAAAGCAAUUGAACUAUCCACCAAGACUCAUCCAGGCCCAGUUGUUCAUUUAAGUGAUAGCCCAAGAGAUGAAGGGAAACUUUUGAUAGGUUAUGAAAAUGGUACUGUAGUAUUCUGGGACUUGAAAUCUAAAAGAGCAGAACUGAGAGUUUAUUAUGAUGAGGCUAUUCAUUCAAUUGAUUGGCACCAUGAGGGCAAACAAUUCAUGUGCAGCCAUUCGGAUGGUAGCUUGACUUUAUGGAACCUGAAAAGCCCAAGUCGCCCUUUCCAAACCACAGUUCCACAUGGAAAAAGUCAAAGAGAAGGAAGAAAGUCUGAGCCUUGUAAACCGAUUCUGAAAGUAGAGUACAAAACCUGCAGGAACAGUGAACCAUUUAUAAUAUUCUCUGGUGGGCUGUCAUAUGACAAAGCUUGCAGAAGACCAAGUUUAACCAUCAUGCAUGGAAAAGCAAUUACAGUACUUGAAAUGGACCAUCCUAUUGUUGAAUUUCUAACUUUAUGUGAAACACCUUAUCCAAAUGAAUUUCAAGAACCCUAUGCUGUUGCUGUACUUCUAGAGAAAGAUCUCAUUGUAGUCGAUCUGACACAAACCAAUUUUCCAAUCUUUGAAAAUCCAUACCCAAUGGACAUUCAUGAGUCACCAGUUACAUGCACAGCAUAUUUUGCCGAUUGCCCUCCAGAUUUGAUUCUAGUACUCUAUUCUAUAGGAGUCAAGCAUAAAAAGCAAGGAUACAGUAAUAAGGAAUGGCCAGUCAGUGGAGGAGCUUGGAAUCUUGGAGCACAAACUUACCCAGAAAUUAUUAUUACUGGUCAUGCUGAUGGAUCAAUAAAAUUUUGGGAUGCCUCUGCAAUGACUCUGCAGAUGUUGUACAAGUUAAAAACUUCAAAAGUAUUUGAAAAGCAGAAGGUAGGAGAUGGCAAACAAGCGUGUGAAAUUGUAGAGGAAGAUCCAUUUGCUGUGCAGAUGGUUUAUUGGUGUCCAGAGAGCAGAAUAUUUUGUGUAUCAGGAGUCUCUGCGUAUGUCAUAAUUUAUAAAUUCAGCAGACAUGAAAUUACAACAGAAAUUGUGUCAUUAGAAGUACGACUUCAGUGUGAUGUUGAAGACAUUAUCACCCCUGAACCAGAAACAAGUCCUCCAUUUCCAGAUCUCUCCUCUCAACUCCCCUCUUCAAGGAGUCUUUCCGGAAGCACCAAUACUGUGUCUAGUGAAGGGGUGACGAAGGACAGCAUCCCGUGCCUCAGUGUUAAAACACGGCCAGUGCGGAUGCCGCCGGGCUAUCAAGCAGAUCUUGUUAUUCAGUUGGUGUGGGUCGAUGGUGAGCCUCCUCAGCAGAUUACCAGCCUUGCUGUAAGCUCAGCGUACGGAAUAGUCGCAUUUGGAAACUGCACUGGGUUGGUUGUGGUGGAUUUCAUACAGAAGACAGUGCUAUUAAGUAUGGGAACCAUUGACCUCUAUAGAUCAAGUGACCUGUACCAGCGACAGCCCCGGUCUCCUCGAAAAAACAAGCAGUUCAUUGCAGGCUUAACAGAGCUGAAUGAUAGUCCAGUUCCCCUGGAACUUGAGCGCUGCAAGUCUCCCACUUCAGACCAUGUAAAUGGACACUGCACAAGUCCAACCUCUCAGAGUUGCAGUUCUGGAAAACGUCUUUCCAGUGCUGAUGUUUCAAAAGUAAAUCGCUGGGGUCCUGGAAGACCACCAUUUAGAAAGGCACAGUCAGCUGCUUGCAUGGAGAUUUCUUUACCAGUUACAACUGAAGAAGCCAGAGAGAAUUCCUAUAACCGCUCCAGGAGCUCUAGCAUCUCCAGUAUUGACAAAGACUCCAAAGAAGCGGUUACAGCUUUAUACUUCAUGGAAUCCUUUGCGCGGAAGAACGACUCCACCGUUUCGCCUUGUCUGUUUGUUGGAACUAGUCUGGGAAUGGUUUUACUCAUCUCCCUGAACCUACCGUCAUCAGACGAACAAAGGUGUACAGAGCCAGUGAUGGUAUUGCCAAGCGGUACUCUCCUCUCACUGAAAGGAGCUGUGCUAACAUUUUCCUGCAUGGACAGAAGUGGCAGCUUAAUGCAGCCUCCAUAUGAAGUAUGGAGGGAUCCCAACAACGCAGACGAAAAUGAGAAAACGUGGAGGAGGAAACUGGUUAUGAACUACUCCAGUGCAUCCCAAGAAACAGGCGACCAUCAGUAUGCAAUAAUCUGCUCAGAGAAACAAGCCAAAGUCUUCUCACUGCCGUCUCAGACCUGCCUUUAUGUGCACAACAUCACAGAGGCCUCUUUCAUACUGCAAGCAGAGGUGGUGGUCAUGUGUAACAGUGCCUGCUUGGCCUGCUUUUGUGCAAACGGGCAUAUCAUGAUAAUGAGCUUACCUAGCCUUCGCCCAAUGUUGGAUGUAAAUUAUUUGCCACUGACAGACAUGAGGAUAGCACGGACAUUUUGUUUUACUAAUGAAGGCCAAGCGUUAUACCUUGUCUCUCCUACUGAAAUUCAACGGUUAACAUAUAGCCAAGAAAUGUGUGAUAAUAUUCAGGACAUGUUAGGCGACUUGUUUACUCCCAUUGAGACACCAGAAGCUCAAAAUAGAGGCUUUCUCAAGGGGCUGUUUGGUGGAAGUGGACAGACAUUUGACAGAGAGGAGCUCUUUGGGGAAGCUACAGCGGGGAAAGCAUCCCGCAGCCUUGCACAGCACAUCCCCGGACCAGGUUGUAUAGAAGGGAUGAAAGGCGCGGCCGGAGGGGUGAUGGGAGAGCUGACCCGAGCCCGAAUUGCACUCGAUGAGAGAGGACAGAGGCUGGGGGAGCUGGAAGAGAAGACCGCAGGCAUGAUGACCAGUGCAGAAGCGUUCUCCAAGCAUGCACACGAGUUAAUGCUGAAAUACAAGGAUAAGAAAUGGUACCAGUUCUAACCGUCAAAAGAAGUUGUGACUGCUUUGAGAAUCCAUUAUUCAGGGAAACCAAAUUUAUUCCCAGCAUCACUAUUCAACUGCUAGAAACCAGUUUCUUCUACAAAAUGUUCCAUUAUAGUCCAUCUGAAGUUAUCACACGGAGGCGUAGCAAAGGCAAAGCCGCUGUGCACCUUGAAAGCUGGAACCCCGGUUAAAAUCCCAAGAUAAUGGCUGAAUUUGUCUUUUCCCCAUGUGGAAUGGAUGCUAUCAUCUUGGCAUGUAAUUUGCUAAGAGUUUGUGUUUGGAAACUAUUGGGGAGUCCUUUUGAUUUGAAAUUUCCUGUACAAAAAAAAAGCAUUAAUGCACUUAAUGAAAAAAAUCUUUGCAUGAUAAAUUAACAUCUUAAGAGGAAAAGAAACCAAAGCAUGUCAUAUCAGAAGAAAAAGGAUUUAUGGUGAACUACUCUUCUGAAUUGGGCCACACCCGACAAUUUAAAAAUCUGCAUUAGAAGAUAACCCUGCAUUUCAAGUGGACCUGCCAUACCCAUCCAAAAAGGAAUCCAAACAAACCCAGAGUUUUUUCUCAUCUGAAACCUUCCUUAGUAUAUUAGGACACUACUGAGUUCUCCUAAGCAAGAAUCUGACUACGACUUUCCUCCCUCCACAGCAUCGCGCAUCAUCCACAGUUCUCCUUACCCAAGGCUGGCCAGGAUAGCGAAGGACUCCCAGCACUCUUACUCCUGUGUCUGUCACCUUCAGGAUGAGUUCCUGCUUUUAGUCAUCAACCGAGCAGGGUUGAUUGACCUCAGAGCAUUUUUUCAGCCUGGUGUAUAGUCUCCAGAGGAGUUGGCGAUAAGUUUGCAGAAACUAGACUAUAGUAAUAAGGCAGUUAGUUCUGAGAACUGAUUUCACAAAGAGUGGAAUUUCACAUACCCCAAUUUCAGUUUCCAAAGCGAUAUAUUUUUAAAGCACCAUUUGUAUCCUUAUCUGCCAGUUACACAGUAUAUUACUGUUCAAACCCAAUAGGGUCUACAAUCCCAAGGUGCUUAUGCAGCCUGACAUUCACAGACCAAACUGGUCCUUCUCGUCGAUGUGAUUCAGUAAAACCUCAGUUAAUGUUUUAGGAAAGAGAUUCUGAGUUAUUACAUUUCUGAUUGAUAAGGGCUUUUAUUAGAAAAUUCUUUGGGGUUCUAUGCUUAUUAAAGGAACCUUUAUAAAACCUACUGGUAUUUUAGCUAUGUUGGCCAUAGUCGUCAUUAUGAAUAACACAAACCCAUAGAUAAUUUAACUAAUUAGAUGGACAAAUUGUCACAGGAAUAUCUUAGUAAAUCCCAAACACCUUCUUAAAAUCUCUCAAAGGUAAAGGUCAGCUCUAGCAUGAUAAAAUAAUCUGUUCCAACCCAGCAAAGGAGCACUACACAGAAAAUACUGGCAACUCCUACUCGCUCUAUUGAACGUGCUUGGAAGUCAGAACAUAGGACUCACCUGACAAUGUGUUUCUCCUUUUUAGAACCUUAAAUUAUGUGGUUGAUUUGUUUACUGGCUCUUGGUGGUUUGAGGCCUUGCUGGGUUACAUUGUGUUUAAAACAUAACCAUUUCUUCCAACUUCAUAGACAAAAUUGCCAUUUUUAUUGGUUUUAUAUUUUUUGUUUUGAAGUGGUGCUUUCUUUAAAUUUUUCUUUGCAAUCUUGAAGAGAGCAGAGGUGGUCAAAAGAGCUAGAAAAUACACACUAGAGUAGCAUUUCUUAGAAUCCUUGAAUUCUUUUCUUAAAACACAUCUCUCCAUAAGUCUACCUUCUGCUAUAGUAUUAGCAUAAGAGAACUUGUCUUGGAAAUACAGACAAUACACACAUUUAUGCAGUAAAAAUAUUAAUGGAAUUUAAGGCCAGGACCUAGAAAACAUUGGCAACCAAAAUGCAACACACAAUUUAUACUAUCUAUUUUAAGAACCCAAGUUUCUGAUUUUUCUGGAUACUUUAACAUUUCUACAAUGAUCUAAAAGAAUAAAAUAUUUCUUUUGUUUUGAAAUAGUGAAAUUCAACCCAAUGUAGCAUUGAAUUCAAUGACUAUCUCUGAAACUCCCAGGAACAUUUAACUUGCUCUAGCGAUACAGCUAAGGGUAGAGUGCUUGCCCGCCAUGUUCAAACUCUGGGUUCAAUCCUCAUCAACACACACACAAAUUCACUUGUUCUAUAGCAAGAGUUCUCGAUAGCAGCAUCAUUAGUGCAAGUUUUUGUCUAGCAUAUUAUGGGAUGUUAACAGUGCCCUUGACUUCUGCCCUGUAGAUGCCAUUAGAAACCUGCUAGUAAUAACAGUAAAAAGAAAAAAAAUAGACAAAAUUGCUUCCAGUUGAGAGCUACUAUUUUACAUCAUUUAAAGAGAAAGACUGUGAAAUACAUAAUGUAUUUUUUUACAGAAAAUAGCAUGCAACAAGAGCACAUUCUCUUAGCAAGAGAAUUCCCACCCAAAAUUAUAUGUGUGAUUCAUACAAUAGAGCUCAAUUUUGAAGAAUCAGUGAACUAACAAUUACAGACUACUUCAAAGCACACAGGGAAUAUAUCAAAAAGGGACAUCCACAGUGUUUGAUAGACAUGCUUAAAAUUCUGACUUCAACAAAUAAAUCAAAAAGUUUAUAAAUAGAGAUCAUUUGGAGUAGGUGCUUCUGCCAUGCUUAAAAAGAACACAUUCUCAUAAAUGUUUAAAGCUUAGAUGUGCUCACAAAAUUGUUUGCCAAACCCUUUCUUCAUAUAAGAGUAAUUUAUUCCUCAGAUCAAUGAUUAGCAGAAUCUAAAUUAAUGAGGUUUUACUGUAUCAAAAUUAUUUUUAUAAUUCAAAGAGAUAGCAAUAACAAUAAUUUAACCAUGGAUGUGAUUUUUCUCUUUCAACUUUUCUGUUCUGUUGCAUUAACCUUCAUGCACGCACACACCACCACCACCACCACCACCACCAUUUUGCCAUCAUGGCUAUCCUAGGGAAAUGAGUAGUGUUAUACAUUUAAUCUUCUGCAUUUUCUCAUCUCUCUUCUGUCUUGGAUCGUAUGGAAAACUACCCCCAGAAACUUUAAUAGUGCUGCAGAAGGUGGCCCUGAGUCUUGGUUACCAUCUCAUUACAUUGUGUCUACAAAGCAGCAUCCGAAGACAAGGCUUGCAGAGCACCAUCUGCACAAGGUGACUUGACUUCCAAUCUUGCCUCAACAGAAAAGCCCUUAGUGUUCCAGCAGAAAAUGGACCUUUCAUUCUCAUCACCAAUGAUGUAAUAGAAGACGUACAUGUUUCCCUGGUUCUCACAGUAACGUAAGCAAUGAUCCUGUUAUGAAGCCAUCCACUUGUCCCGGAGUUUGGGUGGAGGGUGAUCUCACUUAUUUCAAUCCCCUGAAAAAGUUGUGUGUCUGACUUUGCUUCUAUACUUCCCUGAGUCCCCAACUUAGCACUCAGUCACCAUGGGGGCCAUUGUAUGUCGUGUAAGCGAAGCUUCAGUGACAAACUGAGACGAUGUCCAGCUACUCCAUCCUAGAAACAUUUCUCAAGUCUUUUGGAAUUGAUUCUCUAUAAAAUCUAGGUCUCUAACCUUAAAAAGUUUAAAGAGACCUUAAAAAAUGAGGUUCCCUUUUAUAUGACCCACCAAUACCAUUUUAAAGGUAUCAUUUACCCAUUAUUUGUGCCAGUUUGAAAAAAAAAAAAAGUAAGAUUAGGCCCAAGAUUGGUUGAAGACUGAGGUGGGUUCUUUGAAAUACUUGGCUCGCGGGCAUUUGGGUAGAGUAAUAUGAUGAAGCUAGCUGCACAGGAGAACAACUAGGAUAUUUGUGCUACAAGCAUCCCUGACCACACUGGUUCACAGAGGGCAGUGACAAAGAAAGCCAGCAUGUCAGAUACAGUCUUGCUCUCUGUGUGUUAGGAAAAAUACCAGCUUCACAGCUUCUUCACCUCCUGUCACUCAGCCUCAUCUUAGGUGGUAGCAUUGUGUAUGCACACUAACCAGAGUGCCUGAGAUAACUGUCACCAACGUAGGUUGAGCAUUGUCUCUCAUAUGAGAGAUUCUAGGAAGCAUGGCUGAUAAAUCGUUUAGUGUUCCUGUCUACAGACCACGUAGCCCUGGAUGUAAGAACUAAAUAAGGUCUCAUGUAGACACUGAGAAGGUGCAGUGUGAGGGGGUGGUGUCGGGAAGGCCAUGAGAGUCUGAGGGAAGUGAGGUUUUGAUUCGACCACAGCACAGGCAAAGGCCUAUGUUUGUAUCUUUGGUUUGUAUUUUUUUUUAAGUAUAGCUUUGGCUGUACAUAACAAUCUCUUGAGAUUUUUUAAUUCCCAAUGAUUUAAAAAUGUCUUAGACUUGGAACAGAACAUCAGUAUUUUUGAGAGCCCUAAAAGUGGGUCUAUGUCCAGCCAAAGUUGCUAAGCGCUGCUCUAUGACCAACUAAGAAAGAUUCUUGCCUUCCUGGGCUGAUAUUUUAGCCCCUUCUAAGGGUUCGGGAAAGGCAGAAUGUAAGAGACACAGCCUUGUCUUGAUUGGCAUUUAUUCUGUGCCUCUCACAGAACAAAAGUGAGUGCAAACAAAAGGCAGCGCCACUAAUUCUCUGUAUCUCUAGUAUAUUAUUCUCUGUGACUUGAUCUUUAGUUAUUUUAAGUCAACAUUGUAAGUUUUGACUGUCUUUUACAUAAGAUACAAGAAAUAUCACCAUAAGUUCAGCAGUACAAAAAGCUAAGUGGUAAAAUUCUCAAUAUCUGGACAAUGAAAAUUCUCAAAAUAAUCACAAAGUCCAUCAGCUCCAAGUUUAUUACGCACCCUUCUUCUGGAGCAGACAUGGUGAAGGGUCCCUGCUGGGCUGUGGGUAUCUUUCUGGACCUGAUCUCAGCAAACAGGGAGGAUUGAUUGUUGUUGUCUCAACAGCCAGGGCCGCUUGGUUUAUUGGGAAUGUGAGUGACGGGAAACACCUUCUGAACACCAGGGCCCUGAAAAAGUGUUCACACCCCAGAGAGGACUGGUCCAGCCAGGGGAAGGCAGCCAAUGGAAGGCAAGGACACACAGAAACUAUUCUGACUGCUCUCCCCUUGUGCCACCCCCCUCCUGUCUUGGCCCACCCUUCUCAACUGCAAAGCCAGAAGACACACUAGGUGGUGGUUUUGGAUAGUUGUACACAGGUUCAAAAUCUCUAAUAACCUAUAACUUUUAGUACUUAAUUAUGUGAUGUUUUAUUCUAGGAAAUAAGAGACAGACAACACCAUUGAUGUAUCUUUCUUUCAUCUUCAGAAUUUUUGCAUCUUUUCAAAAAAAUGACAAAUUACUAUUUUUCUGUUGCAUUCAGCAAUUGUGACUAUACCUAAAAUUCUUGUAGUCUGUAGAGAGAUCAAUAAAAUUGUAUAUGUUUGUACAUAGAUGCUCUCUUAUGUCAUGAUGUCAUAACUGUUAAUUUUUGCCAAGAUUAAAUGUAUAGAGGUAAAGCCCUCAUUUGCAAACUGUGAACUAUGGUUUUACCAAGAAUGAAUGUUUUUAAAAGACACAGAGGGGAUGGGAGAACAGAUUUAUUUGAGCAAAAGAGGAAACAAAAUCCAAGUUCCCGAAAUGUAUAAAUUCUAUUACAGUUAAUUGAUUGAAAGGGUUAGAAACAUCCAUUCAAAAUUUCUAUCAAAUUGGGGACAUGUUAAAAAUUUUAGUGAAAAUUUAAAGAUAACUUGCAAGGCUAUUGCCUGAAUUGUACUUGUGAUGGAAUGAAAGUUGAAGGAAAUUUACUUAUAGUACCCGUAAGACAAUGCUGUGGCCCAGGGCUUAGAGGCUCAUUAGGCCUUGACUUCCUUCUUUUUCAGCUCAAGCAGAAAAACAAAUUUGUUGUGAGUUUAUACUACCAUCUAGUGGUCAUGGUCGGCAUUCUCAGAUACAAGUGUCUGAGCCAUUUGGCUUUUGCCAGUUUAGUUAAUCCCCCUCUGGUGCUUUCUUUAGAUUCUUCCGGAGGCCUAAGCCAGCCAACCUUAUCCUUCCUCCUUCUGAUUAGCCUAGGGAAAGCCAUCCUUCACCACAAGCUUUCUCCUACAGUUGGAUCUGUAUAACAUUGAAAAAAAUCACAGCUAUAGCCCUAGGCUACAAAGUAAUUUUGAGUAAAAGGACAAAUAUCUAAUCUCAAUUUCAGAUUUUCCCCAGGAGGACCAGUUCAUCUCACCUCUAAUACAGCGACUCAAGCCCACAGCCCUGCAUUCAACACUCUCUUUUGCUUCCUUCCCCCCUCCUUCAUCUCUCCUUCCUUCAGUCACCCCUCCUCCCUGCAAUCCCUUCCUUUCCUGCCUUUCGCUCUAGUGGAAGGGCGACCACAGACGGAGCAGGUGAGCAGCAGAGGGGCCUCACACACGGGGUGAGAGGAGCAGUCACAUCACAGAAAAUCAGAGCUGGGGUGAGGAGGUGGCAGGGGAGACUUCGGUGGACAGUGACCCUGGGGUUUGAGGUGGUCUUUGGAGCGGGCAGAAGACAACCCCUUUGGCUCAGCAGCGUGGCUCAAUCAAGGGACUGAGCAUUUCAAUAAAUUCACUGAGGAUAUAGGAGCCAAGCUUCUCACUUACGGAAACUGAGGAAGGGUAUCCAAUUAAAAGAGAAAACCAGAAAAGUUAUAAAGUUUGGCUUGUAUAGGUAACUGAAGUUCAUAAUUUCCAUAUUUCAGAAUGGGUAAAGGAGAGCAUUUUUACCACCAAGAAUGGUAGCCGAGGGAUGAUCAGCACAAACAGCCUGGUCUCGUCAUCCCAUAAAGCAUAAAGGCACAAAACUGUCAAAGUAUUCCCUAUCAACAUGUAAUUACUAUUUCUCAAUUAAAAAUAAUAAAACUUCUUAAAUGUAGGACGAAGCUGGCCAUGUCAAUUGGAAUUGGAGUUACCAGCGUGCACUUCACGUUUGUGCAUCUCUAUAUAAUUGUAUCUAUAGAAAUAGUUAUAUACAUAGACACACACAAGUGUGCAUAGAUACUGAGGUGUGUGCAUGCUGUACAUACUAGUUCCUAAUUCCGGACACUGAAAAGACUAGAAAGAUGCACAAGUAGUGCUGGAUUUUGAUUUCCAAAUUUUCUUCCCCUCUGAAUGAGCUGGAGGAUCUGGAUUUCAAGUCUGGUAUAUACUCUGUAUCAGAAAAUAAAGUAUUCAAAGAAAGAUGGCUACAAGUCAGAAAGCGUAAGAGACAGCUUGAAUGAGUGUGCACAGGCCAAGUGAGGGAUACUUUAACCAUGAAACAAACAAUAAUUGAAUACAACAGGAACCCAUGGAUUCAUACUGAGAUAAAUGAAUAUGAAGGAGAGAAAGUUAUUCCCUACAAUAUCAUGCCGGCCAUUAAAUGUAAAUGGAGUUUGAAAAUUGCUGUUAGAUAAUUAUUAUUCUAAUAUGUUGGGAAAUAUCAGUCAGUGCUCAAACUAAUGGGGCCAAGGAGGAUGUCCAUAUAGGAUGAUUUACAUGGUCUCCCAGUGUCUUCAGAAAAUUGUCUAAUGUUUAAAAACUUACAUUCAAAAACAUGGCAGAUACCAUAUUUGUUAUGGAGGGAUCAGAGUCCUCCUACCAGUAAUGGGACAAACUCUUGCCAUGUACUGAGAAGAUCACGGCAGCCCUGCCAGAACACAGACACCGGGGCUAGCCCUGUGGAAGCAUCAGACAGAAGUGACGGUCUAGAAACGGUUGCCCCAUAAGAACAAUCCGAUGUGAUGAAAGACAAGAAAAGACGAAUGUUUCAGAUCUAGGAGGUCAGAAGCCACGACCACUGCAUGCAAUCCAUGA